AUGGCCAACCCUUUCGCCUCCGAAAGACUAAUCUACCGCGCCCUCGAGCCCGAAGAAGACGAAGAAUGGGCCCUGCGCGAGAUCCACCAAGUCCCCAUCUUAAUAUCCCAGACCAACCCAGUCCUCCACGUACCCCAGGCCCGGAAAGACGUGAAAGAGUCCUUCAAAUCCAUCGCCGAGAACUGUCUCCUCAACGUCGUUGUCUGUCUACCCGUCAAAGAUGAUAGAUCCGUCGAGGCGGGCGGAACCGCUAUCAGCGUCCCGACGACAUCGGCUGCUGUAGAGGGAGGCAACAAGAAGACGGAGGAGCAAUCGCCACCAGGACCAAAACCAACGCCCAUAGGUCUCCUCCUUCUCUUUCACGGUCCCAUGCGCCACGCCCAUCACCGAUCGGCAGAAAUCGGUAUCACACUCUGCACCCCCUACCACGGCCAAGGCUACGGCACAGAGGCCAUAAACUGGUGUCUGCAAUGGUCUUUCCUCACGGCUGGUCUGCAUCGCGUGGGCAUAGGAGCUUUCACUCAUAACGAGGGAGCUAUACGGCUUUAUAGACGACUGCAGUUCACGGAAGAGGGCCGGUGGCGGGAAUGUCUGUGGUAUCAGGGGAGGUGGGAGGGGGUCGUGGUGCUUUCGAUGUUGGAGGGCGAGUGGAGGGAACUGAUCAAGGGGAAAAGGGCGAGCACGUGA